UGAACCUGCAGAAAACCUCCCAGCCCUGAUGGAGAAAAAACACUCGCUCUUGGAAGAGAAUGAAAAACUCAGCCGUGGCUUGAGCGAAGCGGUUGAUCAGAUUGCUCAGAUGUUGGAGAGGGUCAUCAUGAUGGAACAGCAGAACGAGAGGAUUACCCUAAAGCUGGAAGAGCUCUGAGAACCCGCAGUGUUACAACUGGACCUGGAGAAGCUGCUGACAUCUGUGGAGGACGAAGAACUGAAAGAACAGCUGGAACUAUUUAUCCGGUUGCAACAAAUUAUCGCUCAGCUGCUGAAAGAAAAUCCUCCUGCUGUAGUUGGCAUGGACGUAACAGAACAGCAUUCCGAUUCUACGUCCUCGGUAAACCUGGAGGCCCCCCAGUCUUCAGACAACUACGCCGCUCAGCAUGCCCUCCAGCAAGCUCAGAUGUCCAAGGAGCUGCUGGAACUCAACCAAGCCCUUGCUCUGAAGGAGGCCCUGGCUCAGAAGCUCUCCCAGAGCGACCGCCAGCUGGAACCCAUCCAAUACCAAUCACAGAACAACAUCCAGAACCUGGAAGGGGAGGUGGCCAAGCUGCAGAAAGAGAAGGAAGAUUUGAUCCUCACCGUUCAGAUGACCAAGAAAGACGUCACCCAAGCCAACCUGAGCGAGCAUUGCCGGAAACGUCUGCAGGAGCUGGAAGGGGAGAUCAGCGAGCUAAAGAAGAAGCUGAAGGAACAAUCCAAGCUGCUGAAAAUGAAAGAAUCCAGCGAGCAGGCCAUCUCCAAACUCUACCAAGAGAUCCGGGCCAUGAAAAAUCAAUGGGUUCAGCUGAUUCGGGAGAUGAAAGAAGAUGCUGAGAAAUUCCGACAGUGGAAGCAGCAGAAGGACAAGGAAGUCAUCCAGCUAAAGGCCCAGGAUCGCAAGCAGUAG